AUGAGCACCAUAGGUGGAACUACUGCUAAAGGUACCAAGUGGGCUGGCAAACCAUCGAGAUACAAGUCGUUUGGACCAGGCAAAUUCGACACCAUAAUAACAGGCCAUUUGACCCCCGAGCAAAUCGACGCAUACCAGCAGCUUUUCAGGGUAGAGGAGAUCUCAGAGUUGUUGAGGGUUUCCCACCAGAAGCGUAGGCCAAUUUUGAGCUUAUUACCGUCUGGAAACACCGAGGAGAAUCCAAACUUCAAACGUGAUCCAUCACCACCUCCCAAGUACGACAAUUAUGGUAACAGGACAAACACAAGAGAGUACAGGACGGGCUUGGCGUUGGAGAAGGAAAGAGACUACUUGGUGGAAACUGCAGCCAGUAACAUCAAGAACUACGUUCCUCCUUCGGACUACAGAAAACCAACCAAGACCAGCGAAAAGAUAUACAUUCCUAUCAAAGACUAUCCUGACAUCAACUUCGUGGGUCUCUUGUUAGGACCAAGAGGAAACACCUUGAGACAACUCCAGGAACAAAGUGGUGCUCGUUUGGCCAUUAGAGGUAAAGGUUCAGUCAAGGAUGGUAAAUCCACCGCUCCUUCCACCGAAGAGGAGGAUUCCAAUAGCAUGACUUCGUUCGUGAAUCCAGCUUUGGCUUCAAACUCCGACGACUUGCAUGUUCUAAUCUCUUCCGACACCCAGCUGAAGAUUGCCAAGGCCAUCAAAUUGACUAACGAAGUCAUUGAAAAGGCCAUAUCUUCACCGGUGGGUCAAAACGAGUUGAAGAGAGGCCAAUUAAGAGAGUUGGCCGUUUUGAACGGUACAUUAAGAGAAACCAAACCAUACGAUCCUGAAGCGGCCCAGAGUCGUCAACGUAGGGGAUUAGAUGUUGCAUCAAUUGUUUGUAAAGUAUGUGGAAAUGUGGGUCACUUUGCAAGAGACUGUAAGUUUAGAGGACAACCUGGACUGGUUCCAAAUGAAGGUGGUUUAAGAAGAAAUUUCGAAGACACUUAUGUUCCUCAGUCUGAACCGGAGGUUUUACCUCCUUGGAAGAAGGCCAGGACUGACGCUCCACUACCACCAUGGCAGGCAUCUGGAGGUACCAUUCCUCCAAGGCCACCCAGCAUCUCAGCGUCUAACCAAGAUUUUGGCGUCCCUCCACUAACUUCAUUGUUCAACUUCGACACAGUUAAGAACUAUAUCAUUCCCAAGCCGCAAUUAUGUAAUAAGCUCAUCUCGUUCAAGAUAGAUAAGUUCAAAGUAAUUGGGUAUCCAGUAAAUAUCGAGAAUCCCAACUACUCCAGAAACUCGUUCAAUUUCAACUUUUGUUUUGUAUUCCCGUACGAAUUUGGGGAUGUCACUCCCUAUGAAAUGGCAAUUGGAAGAAUGGGUAAAAUUAAAUUGGAUAAAAGCAAUUCGUUCUUCAAGGACGCCAAUUUUAUGAGAUCUCAAAGCAUUCCAAAGUCAAUCGUGACAAAACCAAUGAGCGAAGUUUUUAGCAUAGAUCCCAACUUCCUCAAUAGUGGUACUUACGAUAAUUCACCCACCACCAACAGGCCCUUUGGUGCUGGAGAGUCAUCAUUGAAUACCUCAGUCAUAGACAACACUCCAGGUUAUUCAAGAACAAAAAAGAUCACUUUGUCGUCCAUUGACUCACUAAUUCAACAAAUAUACCAGGAUCUCAACAAUUACUCCGAAUGUUGCAUACCGUUGGACAGUGCCAAUUCAGUGGAUAUAAAAUUGUUCCCCAUUUUGCCUCCUCCCAUUAAUAUCAAGGCCUAUCAGGUUCCAAUAUCUUCAGUAAAGUUAACGUCAUUAGUUGACGUGAAUUGGGAUCCAACUAUGCUCAAAAUCUUACCCUACAUUGACGGUAUCAAUUCGAUCAGAAAAAUAAGCGAGUUAGCAGACGCAAACUAUUUGUUGGUCAAACAAUGUAUUCAGCACUUAAUGCACUAUAGAUGUAUUGAAAUCAGUGAUAUCUUUCAGUUCAGCAACAUUUAUGCUCCCACAAAUCACAUUGGAGAUUUUUUGAGAUCCAACGGAAUCAUGGCCGAAGAGUGCCAAGCAUAUGUGAUAACCAAUUCGCGACCACUAGAUUCAGCAUUGCAAACCCCAAAUUAUGCCACCACGCCGGCAUCUUCCCAUGCUCCCAACACCGCGACUGUAUCUCCCGCACCAUCAGGAAGAAGAUAUAAUCCCAUGAACCAGUUUGUCAGCGGAGGUAAGAGCUCGGUAUCUCCGUUGACGAAAGCAGGUUAUUUGUCGAAAUCCCCCAAAACCCCAUCGUCAGGGGUUGAUGACACAGCAGUGGCCGUUCCAUUCAAAUCCACGUUGUUUUACUUGUACCGAUCGCUCAAUCAAGGCCAAACCGUCAAGGAGUGGUACGUGCAACAUCGGAAGCUUUUGGAAAACGUCGAUAUUCGUCGUUUUAUCCAUUUUGGCAUCUUAAGGGGAAUUAUUUAUCGAGUUCAUUCGUAUCCAGUACUCAAUUCUGUGGUACGGGCAGUGGAGAACGAGGACCAGAACGAGUACGAGCUGAUCGAGGAAAAGAUCCGAGGCAAGCGCAAGGGCCGGAGAAGCUCGCUGAAAAUCGUUGGUGAGGGUAACGACGGCUUGUUGAAGACGAGAGUGAACGAAAGGGUGUUGAAAACGGACCGCAGGAAGGUGAGUUUUGGGUACGCCAAAGAAACACUUGAGACGCCGGAACCAUCGGUGCGAUUAGACAAUUCAGAAACAAGUGAUAGUGGAGGGUCCAGCGACGACGAGCGGUGGGUCAAUGUGCCCUCACGGCAUGGUACGGCAACGACAUUUUCUAGCGACCCCAAGCAAUAUGUGGCUAACGAGGAGGCAGUGUCGUUGCAACUGGAUGAAGAGUCGAUGGACUCUGAUGAACAGGAAGCUCACCAGGAGACUAUUGAUCUCAUCAAGUUGCUCAAGGGGUUCCAGCACUACGACUCGAUCUGUACCGAACUCCGCAAGUCGCGCAAGGAAGUGGAGGCAUUGAUCGACGGGUUGGGGUCCUACAGCGUGGUCAACGGUUAA